AUGUUUCUGAGAUGCUUGACGGUUUUUGCGCGCAGCCGCGGAUGCAAAAUUGUGAAUGCGCAACUUCAAGCUGGCCAACAACAGGAAUUCUCGGUUGUGAUGUGCCAUGACAACAUGCGCGAUUUGGACAACGUUCCGGCGCCCUCCAACAAGAAGGGAAAGAAGUCGGCUGGGAAGAAAGGUAAGAAGACGGCCGGCACCAAAGCGAUGCUAUACAAAUGUUGGACAUGCGAAGCUUAG